AUGUCCGCGAGUAAAGACGUUGUGUUCCCAAACAUUUUCUGGGCGCAGCGAUCGGAGUACAUUUUUCUGUCCAUCCCGCUGCAGGACGCCAGAAACGUCGCCGUGGAAAUUAUUGAUGGGCGCAUGCUACACUUUGCUGCCACCGCCGGGGAGCGGAGUUACGGCUGCGUCCUUGAGCUCUUACAUGAGGUCUCCUCCGAGGAGAGUAGUCACGUGACAACUCCGCGGCAAAUUGAGGUGAAACUCAAGAAGAAGUGGCCUAAUGACGCUGGUGACGAGGAGGCGGCGGCACUCUGCCGCGCCUGGCCACGACUGACGAAGGACAAAACGAAGAAUUGCCACAUUCAGGUCGACUGGUCACGCUGGAAGGACGAGGACGAUGACACAGACACGGGCGAAGGUGGCUUGGGCUUUGACUACGGCAACAUGAUGUCAGAAAUGAUGAUGCCGAAUGGACUGGAAAAUGGAGAGGCGAUGCCUUUCACGAGUGAAGCGGAGCACAAGUCUGGCAGUGCCAAUCUCAGCAAGAACGAUGAAGUCGAGACGGGGAAUAAUAAAGAUGAUGACUACGAUGACUUGCCUCCUUUAGAGGGGUAA